GCCUUUCAAUUAUUUUCUCUCUCACCAAACACCCACAAACCAAAAAUUGUCAUGCUCAAAAAGCCGGCCCAAUCAGGAGAGAGGGAGUGAGAAAAAGUAACGAGAGAAAAGCAGCCCGCUUUUAGUCUUCAUAUUCUUCUCUGUAGUCUUGUGGUGGAGAUUAGGUUUUCAAAGUAGCCAAGCUUUCCUUUUGUUGGAUUCACAGAUAGAGAGAGCAAGGUUUGGAGACACAAAGAUGGAGAUGAUGUAUUACCAGUUUCCCAGAUUUUCUUACCAGGAUUCUCUGAAAAUCCUGGAAGCUGAUAUCCAGCAUGCCAAUGCUCUGGCUGCUGCAAUUCCAAAAGCCAAAGGCCGUGCACGCCUUCAGAUGAAAUUGGUUUACAAUCAGUUGGCACCACUCUUCUUGUUUUUGCUCCAGUGGAUGGAUUGUUCCUGCACUUGUCUGCUCCCAAGAUAUUUGAAUCUUUUCCACAUACUUGUUUACAAGGUGUACACGGAUGGGAGACCAAACAUUUCCGCACAUGGAAGGAAAGCUACAAUUAGGGACUUCUAUGCUAUUAUCUUGCCAUCUCUUCGGCGGCUGCAUGAUGAUCUGAUGGAGUUGGGCAAUCCUAAAGAUGAGAAUCCCGGAAUGAAUGUCAUUGGCAAGAAGAAACUGGAAGGCGGUGCUGGGUUUUCCAACAUUGACUUGGAAAGAGAAGAUGAAUGUGGGAUUUGCUUGGAGCAUUGCACCAAAAUGGUCUUGCCUAAUUGCUGCCAUGCAAUGUGCAUCAACUGUUACCGCGAUUGGAACACAAGGUCGGAGUCCUGCCCCUUUUGUCGUGGCAGCAUAAAGCGAGUCAAAUCGCGAGACUUAUGGGUCCUUACAUGCAGUGAUGAUGUAGUCGAUGCUGAAACAGUUUGCAAGGAGGACUUGCUGAGUUUCUAUCGCUAUAUCAGCAGCUUGCCAAAAGAUUCCUCAGAGGCCUUAUUUGUGAUGCACUACGAAUACCUACUUUAAUCUUGAUUAAAAAAGAAGAUUGGUGUACAGAUAAUGAAAAAGAAAAAGAAAGGCGACUUUCAAAUGUAAAUAGAGUCCGGUAAGAACUUUUCAACUGGAUCAUUACAUGGAAACGGCCACUUCCUUCUGUGUUACAUAUUGAUGUAAAUGUGGGGUACCUUUCUGAUCAAUACCAAAGUUCUCUUUUAUGUGA